AUGAAGGAACGAUUUUUAAAAUGGCUUAUUUUUGUACUGGUGCUCACCUUGGUCAGUGGAGAGAAAACCUCUACAGAUGAGGAGGAAGACAACAAUUAUGAUAUAUCAACCAAUGAUGUAGACGAACGCUAUGAUGAUCCCACUAGCCGUAUGCUAAAUCUGAUUAAUAAUGAUGCUAUAAAAAUUAUUGAAGCUCCUGAUUUAUCCAAAGUAAUGUCAUCCUAAUAUGUACAUCAUUUGUUCAUUGUGUUAAUUGUGUAAAAUAAUUUUAGCAAAAACCUACUGAUCAAUCCCAAGAAAAAUUAAAAACAGAUGAUUUAGAUGUCGAUAGUUUACAAUUAGUUAAAUUUCCCACUGCUAGUCUAUUUAAUUACUGGGCGGAUUUGUCAAACGAUGAGAUUAAUAUACAGAAUAUAAAAAAUGAUGAUGAUAUCGACGAUGAAAUCGAUGUUACAGAUUGGAAAGAACCAGUAAAAGCUCCUCCAGUUACGUCCAGAGAAAAAGAAGGUGAGAAUUUCUUUUAUUUAUUUGAACAAUCCAAAUAAUUGCUGUAUAAUCUUUAUUUAUUAUUUCUAGCGGAUCAAUUAUAUCGUGUGGGAUUGAAAAAAUUAAAGUCUGCUCUUGGAGAUCAUUUAGAUGCCUAUGAGUUCUUUUACAGAGCUUAUACAUUAGGCCACGAAGAGGCAAAAGCAAAAUUUGCAUUUGCUUUAUUAUUUGGCUUAAAAUAUCCCCAAGACAUCCCUAAAGCAUUUCAAAUAUUCAGUGAAUUAUCACAAAAGGGAAAUCCCGAUGCUCAUUUAGUAAUUAUUCUGAACUUUUUAAUAAAAUUAAAUUCAUUAUUUGAAUUCUGGUUUAAUUAUGAAUACAUAAUAUAAACAUAACAUUUUUUUUAUUAAUAUUUAGGGUAUGGGUUUUUUGUAUGCAAUUGGAUUACAUGUACCUGUGAGUCAACCAAAAGCUCUUAUACAUUAUGUGAUGGCUGCUGUUGGUGGUAAUGUCUUGGCCCAAUUAGUAUUAGGAUAUCGAUAUUUUGCUGGUGCUACUGUAGCGUAUAGUUGUGAAAAGUCUUUAGAAUAUUACAGGGCAGUUGCAAAUAAUGGUAACUAACUGUGUAGGUACACUUUUGUUCAACUCAAGUUAUUUUUAUUUAAUAACUUUUAGUGGCAAAUGAAUUAUCUUUAUCUGGUGGGCCACUCAUUCAACGUAUAAAAUUAAUGGAAGAGCAAGAUAAUCCAAGUUAUAAUGGUGGAAUAGUAGAUUCAGAUUUGUUGGAUUACUAUAAAAUGUUAGCUAAUAAAGGAGAUGCCCAAGCACAAGUAUGAUAUGAUUAAUAAAUAUUAAGUAGUAAAAUCCAUCAAAAAAAUUAUAAAUCAUAAUAUGCUUUUGUAUUUAAAAUGUAUUUAUGUUAUUGUUUUUAUUAGGUUGGGUUAGGUCAGUUAUAUUUACAAGGUGGAAGAGGCGUGCCCAUAGAUAUACAAACUGCUCAUUAUUAUUUUCAAAAAGCAGCUGAGAAUGGUAAUCCUCUUGCAUACGGUUUUCUUGGAAAAGUAAUAAAUAUUUUUAUAUAUAUAUAUAUAUAUAUUUUUUUUUUAUAAAUGACUUGCAAUAAAAUAUUUUCUACUAGAUAUAUUUGGAAGACCGUGAUGAUGUUAAACCAGAUUAUGAAAAAGCUCUUGAAUAUUUUUAUAAAGCUGCACAAGUGAAAAAUCCAGUAGGUCAAAGUGGUCUCGGUUAUAUGUAUCUACAUGGACUCAAUGUAGCCCAAGACUAUGCACAGGCUUUAAAUUGGUUUACUAUGGCUGCUGAACAAGGUUGGGUUGAAGGACAUUUGUACGUGGGAAUAAUGUACUAUAGUAAGUUCAAAAUACAAAUUUAUUAUUUAAAAAUUUAUUCAAAUUAAUAUUUUUAUUACAGAGGGAUUAGGCGUGAAACGCGAUUAUAAAUUAGCCAUUAAAAACUUUGGUUUAGCAUCAAAAUCGGGUAACCUAUUAGCUUACUAUAAUUUGGCACAAAUGCAUGCCUCUGGUGUUGGUAUUUUACGUUCCUGUACAACAUCUUUAGAGGUAAAGUGUAUUGUAAAAGUAAAUUAAAUUAAGAUUUUAUUAAAAAUGUUUGAUAAUUUCAGUUGUUCAAAAACGUUGCAGAACGUGGUAAAUGGGGUAGUUAUUUAAUGCACGCUUACAAUGAGUAUAAAGACAAUCGAUUUCAAGAGUCAUUUGUUUUAUACUCUUUCUUGGCUGAAAUGGGAUAUGAGGUUGCACAAAGUAAUACUGCAUUUAUUUUAGACAAAGGUAUGUUGUUAUUUUUUAAAUCAUACUGUGAUAAAAAAAAAAGUGCUAUUUAUUUAUUGCUGUUAAGGAGAUAUUGACAUGUGGGAAACAGAAAAAGAACGUUAUGUCCGUGCAAUGAUGUAUUGGAGUAGAUCGGCUGCUCAAGGUUAUGCAUCAGCACAAUUGAAACUGGGAGACUAUCAUUAUUAUGGACUUGGUACUAAAGUUGACUUUGAAUUAGCUGCCAAUCAUUAUCGACAGGCGUCCGAACAACAUCAUAAUGCCCAGGCUAUGUUCAAUUUAGGUUACAUGCAUGAAAUGGGAUUAGGAAUGGAACAAGUAAAUUAUUUUUUUUUUUUUUAUAAAAUUUAAAAAUUCAUUGUCAACAUAAUUAUAAUAUUGUUGUACAGGAUAUCCAUUUGGCAAAACGAUGUUACGAUAUGGCUGCAGAAACCAGUAUAGACGCAAAAGUACCUGUAUUUUUAGCUUUAACCAAACUUAAUUUAUUUAAUAUGGCGAAACAAUAUUACACAGUAAGAAUCUGAUAUGGUGUAAUAAUGUUAAAAACCAUAUUAUUAAUCGUAAUAUAUAUUAUCUGUUUCAGGAAUUUCUAAAUUUUAUGAACAUUCUAUCAAAUGAUGUUGCUGCGCCUAUGGGGUUCAAUUGGGAUUUAUAUUUAAUAGCAAUACUGUUUGCAUUACUAUCCUACAUAAUUUACUUACGACGACCCAAUAGACAGCCACUAAAUGCGUAA